UCGAAAGCGUUGCACGGAUAACACUAAAUUAUUUCGAAUUUAAUUUAAAAUUGAAACUUUUAUUUAUCAUUACCAGAAUGUAAACAGUUAGCUAGCGGCCUUAUAAUCGGAAAGUCAUUUAACCAGCGGUUUGAACCACAGUUCACUGUGGUUUGAACGCUACAAAUGCGCGCGCAGUAGUUCCCAAUUCGUUCAGACCGCUGUCAUUCGCUGUUGCUCAGCUCACACUGAUUGGGCGCCGACCACAGUCAACGACUGCCUCACGACAGUUUCGCGGUUUCGCUAUGCACAGGAGACACUCGGCUUAUUUUGGUGUAAACGAGAAGACAGACCACAGCACGUCGGCGCAGCGAUUUUCGGGCAAUAAAAAGGGAACCAUAAUCCUCGACGAAGCGACGGAUGCGGCCUUUGCAUAUGCGCGGGAGCCCGUGACCUCGCCUUUGUCGUGUGCCUGGCUGGUGGUGGUGCUUGUCAGCCUGGCGUUUACUGUAGUGGGCAGCCUGUCGCUCUGCUACUGGUGCAGGAAAAGUCCACCUGAAUGGGAGACAAUUGCCAAGGUCAAAUUUGGAGAGGACCCCUCCGAUCAUCAUCAAAAUCACUCGGACCUGGUCAUAGCGCCGACUACACCACGAAGCAGCGAUUACGGUGGCACUAGGACGGCGGGGUCAGGUGAUGAAAAAGAGGCGCUCGAUUGGUCCAGGCGAUUACGUAGCUCCCACCGUGCUGUCGGCUUGGAGGUGAAUGGAGUACAGCAAACUCCCUGGGAAACAUUUAUUACCAACUUUACCGCAAGGGCAAGCCCAUUGCAAGUCUAGGUCGUUCUUGUACACCGAAUGCAAGCUAUGUGAUCCUUUAUGAUACUUUGUUGUCGGAGUCCUUUACAUUGUUAUAUGGCAGACGAGCUUCUUUGUUAGUUUUCCCAUCAUACAGUUGUUCCUUUGCAGAGUAAGGCAGAGUCCUUUACACUGUUAUAUGGCGGACAAGCUUCUUCACUAGUUUGCCCAUGAUACGAUUGUCCCUUUGCAAUGUAUAAAUGUUGGUCAACUCAAAGGCAGAUUAACAAGCGCGACUGACGGAGGUCCUGCUUUGAAACUGGUCAAGCUACCUUUCCGAGCAAAUGUCCCGACAGUUUCAACACUAUAGAAUAUCUGCCGAUUCUAUGACCUUGCACGUGUUGAGCUUGUGAGGCAUCUUUGGUGACAAAAACAUAAUAUACCACAAAUCUUGCGUACAAAGAAAGGAGGGUUAAUAUCGCGCACCAAUGAUAACAUUUUCAUU